AUGCCAUUUUUGAAGUGGAAAUUAUUUCCUGACUUCGGCUAUUUAGUGACCCAAACUUCUCCUGCUAUUGCUGUCCCAGCUUUUAAAAAGUUAAUAACUGCUGCAAGGGAUCAAUUUAUUGAAAUGGAGAAAAACUUUGAACCAACUUACGAAGGAACUAUAGGAAAAUUAACUGAAUUAGAGGACGAAAUAUCACGAGCUUACGGCAUUCUUUCUCAUUUAAAUGGUGUCAAAAACUCUGCCGAUGUACGCGAUACACUGGAACAGAUUCAACCAGAUUUUGUCAAGUUAAACUUAAUGAUGAAUCAAUCUGUUCCCAAAUACAAAGCUCUUGAUCAACUUCGAAAUACACCGGAGCUAUGGCAAAAACUUGACAGAGUACAGCAACGUAUUGUAGACCAUACUCUACGGGAUAUGAAGCAUGCUGGCAUUGGAUUUGCAGAAGGUUCACCUGAGAAGAAACGAUUCAAUGAGAUUUCAGAACGUUUAUCGCAGCUUUCGUUGAAAUUCGGCAAUAAUGUAUUGGACAGCACCAAAGCAUUUAAAGAAAUAGUUACGGAUGUGGAUCAGUUGAAAGGUUGCUCUUCUACAUUUUUAGAUACAUUAAAAAAAAAUGCAGAGCGGAAUGGAAUUACUGAAGGCUAUUGUAUUACAUUGGACUUUCCAAUUUACGGACCAUUUAUGAUGAACUGUAGUAAUAGAAAGCUACGUGAAAAGAUAUACAGGGCUAACGUCACUAAGGCUUCUGAAGGAUCAUUGAACAAUGAACCUAUCAUCAACGAAAUUUUAUCUCUAAAGCGGGAGAAGGCCAGAUUACUUGGCUUCGAAACACCUGCUGAUUUAUCAUUAUCUGUUAAAAUGGCAAAAUCACUACCUGCUGCUGAAAUACUGCUAGACAGCUUAUAUGAAGCCUCCUUACCAUACGCCAAAAAAGAAUUGGAAGGAUUAAGCCGAUAUGCUGCAGACAAACUCAACCUCACCACUCCUAUUCAGCCUUGGGAUAUCAGUUACGUUACCGAACAAUAUCGAAAGGAUCUGUUCAAAUAUGACGAAGAGACCAUUUCAGAGUAUUUUGCUUUCCCCAAAGUAUUAAACGGUUUAUUCGAUGCUGCUAAGGAAGUAUUUGGUAUCCAAGUGCGUGAGCUGGGGAAGGACGAAAUGAAAGGCCACGGCAUCACUACUUGGCAUGAAGAUGUUAAAGUUUUCGAAGUAGCUGAAGAGGGUAAAGUAAAAGCUUACUUUUAUGGUGACUUCUAUUCCCGCCCAUCAGAAAAACGUAGUGGAGCAUGGAUGGAUGUGGUUACUACCCGUUACAAACAUAAUGAUAGCGAGGAAGUAACAUUGCCAGUUGCUUAUUUAAUCUGUAAUCAGCCCCCUCCUGCUUCGUCAGACCAACCUUCGUUAAUGAAGUUCCGCGAUGUUGAAACCCUUUUCCAUGAAUUCGGUCAUUGUUUGCAGCAUAUGAUGACUCGUGUUGAUUACGCACCCGCUUCCGGUAUUAAUGGUAUUGAAUGGGAUUUCGUUGAAGUUGCUUCGCAAUUUAUGGAAAAUUUCUGCAGUGAGCCGGAAUGGCUUCAACGCUUAUCAGGUCAUUAUAAGACAGGUGCCGCUAUGCCAACGGAAAUGGUGGAUGCAUUAGUGAAAAAUCGUGAGUUUAUGAGCGGUUUGGCAACAUUAAGACAACUUCACUUUGCUAAAGUUGACUUGGAGUUGCACUCAAGAUUUGCACCUCCCACAUCUCCUAACGAUACCAGUGUAUUCGAUAUUGAUCGUAUUAUCGCAGAAAAGACGGUAUUGACGCCUCGAUUGCCAGAAGAUAAAUUCCUGUGCAGUUUCAGUCAUAUAUUUGGUGGUGGUUAUAGUGCUGGCUAUUAUAGCUACAAAUGGUCCGAAACUUAUUCUGCUGACGCUUAUGCUGCGUUCGAGGAAGCUAAAGCCAGGAAUGGAGUAGAAGGUAUAAAAGCCAUGGGUCAACGCUACCGCAAUACAAUCUUGGCUUUGGGUGGAGGAACUGCGCCAGCAGAAGUCUGGGAGAAAUUUAGAGGUCGUCCUGGGGUGGAUAUUCGUGCAUUACUUCGACAUUCAGGCCUUACAAAGCAGUUAUAA